AUGUCGGGACCACCGAUUCCGUGCUGUUCUCUCAAAUUUCGAUUGGAGUUAAACCAAAGGACUGCAAGUCCAGAGAAGGCAAUCAACCAUCCGGGUUCAUCCAGCCGAGCUGGAAGCUGGACUGCGAGAUCGUUGCAGUUUGCUGCCAACUGCCCUCGUUGUUUGCUCGUGGAUUUGUCAAUGUUGGAGGACCAAGCUUGA